AUGCUUCCCGUGGACAACUUGAAACUACGUGAUGCUGAAUCUGGAAUAUUGUCGAGACGUCCCACAUUUGCCCUAUUCUCUUCAGAAAAUAGGAAUGUGUACAAAGAUUACAAACAACUUGAGUUAUCAGCUGAGAGUCAAGAAGAAAUUGACAGUUGGAAGGCAUCAUUCCUCCGAGCUGGGGUGUAUCCUGAAAAAACACAGGAGAAAGACGAUGAGACUAAGGACGAAAAUAUCUCGAUGGAUCCCCAGCUUGAGCGACAAGUUGAGACUAUUCGGAACCUGGUCGACUCCUACAUAAAACUUAUUUACAAGACACAACGUGAUUUGGUGCCUAAAACCAUUAUGCACCUUAUUGUCAAUGAUAUAAAAGAAUUUAUCAGUGGAGGUGAAAUGUUGGCACAGCUUUAUUCAGCUGCUGACCAGAACACUUUGAUGGAAGAAUCUGCAGAAGAGGGUAUAAGACGAGAGGAGAUUCUUCGCAUGUAUCAUGCAACCAAGGAUGCAUUAAACAUCAUUGGGGAUGUGACCACCACCACAGUGACCACUCCUCUUCCUCCACCUGUUGAUAGUGAUUGGCUUCGUGCAGAAAGAGCAGAGAAUGGACCUUCAAGAUCUGGGAAAAAUGGAUUCAUGAAACCACCGAGACCAUCUUCGCCUGGGCCUAGCAGACCUCGAGGACCACCCAUGCCUCCUACCAGGCCAGUUGCGAACCCGUCUAUCCCGAGUAGACCAGCUCCCAAAGUCCCAUCAAGACCAGCACCGGAUGCCCCACAAGCUGCCAUGCACAUGUCCGCUCAGCCCCUACGCCCCAUCCCAAGUAUUCCACCCAGGAUUCCUGACCGUCCGUCCGUACCCCAGCGCCCAACGUGA